GCUCCCUGCAGGAAGCAGGAAGUAAACAAAACCAAGUCCAAAGUCUGCUGACUCGACCGAGUGUUUGGAGUUUUGUCCCGUCUCUACAAGGCCCAGGAUGACUGAGGUAAGCCAGCAGCAGUGGGGGGAGGUGUCCGGUGUGGGCAGCGUGGACCGGUGGACCCUCCAGUCCAGUGCCGUGCGGGUGGAGGUACUGACCCUGGGGGCCAUCAUCAGGUCUUUGAGCUGCAGAGGGAGCGACGGCCGGAUGGAGGAUGUAGUCCUGGGCUACGAUGACCUGCAAGGUUAUGUGUCAGAUAAACGGUAUAUGGGUGCAGUGGUGGGCCGUGUGGCCAACAGGAUUGCAGGAGGACGCUUUGAAGUGGAAGGCAAGGAAUACCAACUAGAAAUCAACAAUGGACCAAAUGCACUGCAUGGAGGUCUGCAUGGCUUUAAUAAGGCUAUCUGGCAUGCUACAGCAGUAGAAGAUGGCGUGCAGCUGAGUCUUACAAGUCCAGAUGGAGACCAGGGUUAUCCUGGAGAGGUGAACGUCUCUGUGUCCUACACCCUACAGGGGGAAACACUAACUGCUGAGUACCGAGCCUGGUCUACCAAAACCACCCCUAUCAACCUCACCAAUCACUCCUACUUCAAUCUGUCUGGACAGGUCCAUAAUGCUGCAAACAUCUACGACCAUCAGGUGUCCAUCAAUGCACAGUCCUAUCUACCUGUGGAUGGCACAUCGAUUCCUACUGGAGAGAUCAGAGCAGUGGAUGGCACACCUUUUGACCUCAGACAGCAAACUCUGAUUGGCCCUCGGCUGAACGAAGUUCCCGGUCCAGGGUUUGACCACAACUUCUGUCUGUCAGGACCCAAAGAUCCCUGGACAGUGAGACAUGCAGCCAGAGUCUGUCACCAAGCAAGUGGCCGUGUCUUGGAGGUUUCUACCAGCCAACCAGGAGUCCAGUUCUACACUGCUAACGUCCUGGAUGGCUCUAUAACGGGAAAGAAUGGGUCUCGGUACGGGAAGCACUGCUCCUUUUGUCUAGAGACGCAGAACUGGCCUGAUGCUGUCAACCAGGCUUCGUUUCCGGACUGCCUCCUGCGUCCUGGUGUGGAUUACCAACAUGUCACUCACUUCACAUUCACCACUGUCUGAUUUGGUCUGCUAUUAGCAGGACAGAAGAAGAGAAAUGGUUGUUCUUAAGUAGAAAUUUUAAUUGAUAAAAGUUCACAUUUGUAAAUAAAAUUUAAAUUACUGAUGUUAAACACAAAAUGAAUAAAGCACUCAUUCACUCAAGCUG